AUGCUGCACACGAAAUCCGAAUUCGACAUUACAAGCCUAGCCGCCUCAUCACCCUCGAGAUCCCCCAAACGGGCCAUGUACUAUGUCCAAAGCCCGUCUCGGGACUCGCACGAUGGGGACAAGUCAUCAACCGUGCACGCCACCCCCAACUUUGCAAGCCCGGUUGAGUCUCCCUCUCACCCGUCGUCGUUCGGCCGCCACUCGAGGAACUCGUCCGCCAGCCCCAGCCGCUUCUCAGGCAGAAAAGUGGGCCGCAAGAGGAACGAAAAGGGCUGGCCCGAGUGCAAUGUGAUUGUGGAGGAAGGAAAUUAUGAGGAGUUUGAUGAUGAGAAGGCAUACACGAGGAGGUGCCAGGCCUUGAUGGCGAUUUUGGGGUUUUUCGUGCUUUUUACGGUGUUUUGUUUGAUUAUCUGGGGUGCCGGGAGGCCUUUUAAAGCUCAAGUUGCUGUCAAGAGUUUGACGGUGAACAACAUGUACGUAGGCUCGGGUGCGGACUUCACUGGGGUUCUAACUAAGAUGCUGAAUGUGAACUGUUCAUUGAGAAUUAGUGUGUACAAUCCGGCUACAUUCUACGGAAUUCAUGUGAGCGCGACACCUGUCAAUCUCGUCUACUCAGACGUAGUUGUUGCCACUGGACAGCUGAAAAAAUACUAUCAACCCCGGAAAAGUCGGAAGACUGUGUUGGCGCAUAUAGAAGGAACAAAGGUCCCGUUAUACGGUGCGGGAUCAAAUCUUGUCGUGACAAACAAUGGUGUUCAAGUUCCACUGAACUUGGAGUUCCAAAUCAAGACAAGGGGAGAUGUUGUAGGGAAGCUCGUAAGAACAAAGCAUCGUAAAAGAGUUUCAUGCCCAAUAGUAAUGGACUCGACCAGCAACAAGCAGAUUAAAUUCGAACAGAGUUCUUGCAAUUACAGCUAA